AUGGACGCACAGGACAUCGUGUCCAACAUUGCAUUCACUACAUCAGGAUCGCUAGUGGAUUGUGUGGACAAGAAGAUGUUGGUAGUCUUGCGAGAUGGAAAAAAGCUCAUCGGUGUUCUCAGAUCUUAUGACCAAUUUGCCAACCUUGUAUUGCAAGACACAGUAGAGAGAGUAUUCGUAGGCAACCGAUACGGAGAUAUUGUACGCGGCGUCUUCCUCGUACGAGGUGAGAACGUCGUGCUCAUGGGCGAAAUCGACCUGGACGCUGAGGACGAAGUUCCACCAUCUAUCGCUGCUCCAUUGCCCCCAUCAGCACUUCCUCAACUCCUGGCAGCCAAGGAAGCCGAAGCAGAAUCAAAAGCAAAGAGCGAAGCCAAGAAGGCCGACAUUCUUCGCAUAGCUCGAGGUUUCUGUGCUGAUAAGAGCGGAGAUGGCGACAUGUACUAG